AAAUUUCCAUUAUUGUCUUCACAGAGUUUCUUGAGGUCUGCAGAAAAAUGAACGUGAUUCACGUGAAUACGAGGAAAUUCGUCACGAAUUUCGCGAGACUUCAGUCAGUGUCUUCGCCGGCACCGAAGGUAGUCAUCGACAUUCCUCAGAGAAUCAAGAGGAAGCCAGAUGAUGUGCUGAAAGCCCUCGCGGCUCUCCAGACCACCGACAUAACCUCUGUUCACUAUCAGUAUCACGACGACAGAUACAUGAUUCCGUACUCGAAUCAGCGCCGGAAGGUCUAUGCGCUCUCCGAGGAGUCCGGCAGAAGUGCCGCCAAGUGGCUGCACAAGAAGUACGCUGAUCUCUUCAAGUACUCCAAGGGAGAACCUAUGAUUGAGGCGUAUGUCGCUGGCAGAGGACCGGAAGCCUUUGAGAAUGUCCAGACGGUGGAGGAUUUGUGCCGCCUGAUGGAGUCCCAGAUAGAUCUUGAAGAGAUCACGCAGGGAUUGAGCCAGAUUAAAGACAGCCGCGAUGCUGACUUCAAGCAGGCAUAUUUUGAGCUGGUGUGCUUUCUCAGUUGCCAGACGAAUGCCACAGACAGAUUUGUGUCUCCAUCAGUGAGACAGAAGGUGCUAAAUGCAACACGGAAUGAGGAAGUGGACAAGCUGUACAAGGAAUUCCCGCCAGAUGAUCCCAGAGCGUGCAAUACCAUGAUAAGGACAUUCUGCCGGACCUAUCAAGUGUCUGACGCGUGGAGUCUCUACCAGAAAGCACUGACCGAUGGCAUCCCGGUGUAUCUGGAGACAUUCAACAAUAUCCUCCAAAUUGUUCUCCUCCUGAAUCCCGACACAGCUGAAGCCAAGUGGAAAGUCGUGGAGGAAACGCUUCAAAUGAUGGCGAGUCACAACAUCAAGCCCAACAUCGUAACAAUGAACACAGUGUUGGAGUUGGCUGGCUCGAUAUUUGGCUGGAAAGAUGCCAGACAAUUCUCAAUGGCUGUUCUUGCUGAAUUCAAGAACCUAGGCAUCCGUCCAUCACUGGCGUCGUGGUAUCACAUCCUCAACAUCUUCUAUCGCGAGCGAAGCCCCAUGAGUGGCGUUCUCGUGGACAUUCUGGAUGAGAUUGAGAAGCAGGACUUGGAAAUAUGCGAUGCCAAGGACUCACACUUCUUCGUUACAGCCAUGAAUAUCGCCACAAAUCAAUUCCAAAGCAUUCAGCUGGCCUAUCGGAUCAAUGAUCUGCUGAAGAGCUCUGGAAAUGGUGUCUUCAUUGGCGAUUCCGUGAAGGAAUCCGUCUACUAUCGCAACUUCUUCCAGUUGAUUUGCCUCGUUGAGCCUCUGGACACAUUCAUGGACGUCUAUCACACUUACGUGCCGUCUGUGUACGUGCCAGAGCCCUCCGUGUUGGAGUCCAUCCUGAAGACGGUGGAGCUGAACAGUGCCACUGAUCAGGUGCCGCUCCUCUGGGCGCACAUCAAACUCUUCGAGCACACAACCAGGGACAAUCUGAUCAACCAACUCUGCCGCAUUAUCGUCAACAGUGGCGAUGAAGAGCUGGCCAAGAUUGCAGUGGAGAUCUGGGAUGUUGUGGAGGAGAAUAUGGAGACCAAGAGACAUGUGUUCAAGUGGAAAGCCCAGCAUCUCAGUUACAUCCUCACAAUCGUGUGUGAGGCCAAAGAUGUCGACAGAGCCGCGAAGAUCUUCAAGAUGAUCGACGAGAGUCGUCAUCAGAUUGAAGGGCUGCCCAGUGAGGAGUCCCUCCAGGGACUCUAUCGCCUCCUCGUAGACAAGAACCAAGCUGUGCUGGCGGGAAAAGUGGUCCUCUAUGCUGAUGAGAAUGGAUUGAGUGUGACAAACAAGGAGUUGAGAGUGUAGAAACAUUUCUUCACACAUUUCCUCUGUUUUAAAUUAAAUACCCAAAGAAGA